AUGUCCAUGCUGCUGGGCGUGACGUUGAUCUCGCUCCUAGGGAGUAGACCUGCGAGUGCGGGUUCCUUGAAAGAUAUUGACCAUGUGGUGAUAUUCAUGCAGGAGAAUCGAAGCUGGAACAAUUACUUUGGAACUAUGGCAGGCGUUCGAGGCUUCAACGACCCUAAUGUACAGGUCAAUGAUGAUGGAUUGCCUGUCUGGUAUCAAAAGGUGGACCCUUCCAUGUCCAAAGAUGCAAAGACUCUUCUCCCAUGGUAUUUGGGAUACAAGGGUGGAUACUGGAACGAUGCUAUCCAAUGCAUGGUAGCCGGAAGCAACGGCUACGAGGACAACCAAGCUUCACUCAACCACGACUUGAACACUAACUGGGCGCGGAACAACACCCCAUGGAGCUGGGGAUAUCUCAAGCGAAACGAUAUCCCUGUUCAGUUUGCCAUUGCGGAGGGCUGGACUGCUGGGGACAUGUACCAAGAGUCGCAGAUUACAUCUACCAACCCUAAUCGCGUCACCUUGGUGAGUGGCUCGGUGAAUAUCCCUGGAAGUCCCCAGAGGCCGGACCAAGGAGGCCCUUACAUUGAUAACAACGAAACGCCCGGGUGCGACAAGGACCGUAUCAAUUGCUAUCCUCUAAAAUGGAAAACCAUCUUCGAGGUCUACGAAGAGGCUGGGGUCUCGUGGCAAUUGUAUCAGGAAAAGAAUAACUUCGACGACAACCCCUUGGCUUGGUUCCAGCAGUACCAGAAUGCAUCUUCAUCGUCUCCUCUGGCCACGAAGGGUCUGUCAUACCUGGGCCUCGACGCAUUCUACAAGGCCGCCGCCAAAGGAAGUCUCCCGGAGGUCAGCUUUAUCGUUGGUCCAGCUGAACUAUCGGAACAUCCACCUUACAUGCCAAAGGACGGUGCAUGGCUUCAAAAACAGGUGGUGGAUGCCGUGACAAAAAGCCCCAAGUACUCAUCAACCCUGCUGAUCAUUAGCUACGACGAAACGGGUGGUUUUGGGGACCACGUUGUUCCUUUCCAUUCCCCAGAAGACACUCCAGGUGACUGGAUGGAAGAUCCCUACGGAAAGUUCGGAAAGAUCUAUGUCGGACCCGGCUUGAGAGUUCCUUUUUAUAUGGUUUCGCCCUGGACACGAGGCAAGCGUGUUUUCACGGAACAUGCGGACCAUAAUUCACAAAUCCUCUUCAUUGAGCAAUGGUUGACCGCCAGAGGAUAUAAGAACGUUCAGACACCGGAGAUGGUGCAGUGGCGCCGGGAGCACAUGUCGAAUCUCGUGAAUGCGUUGGACUUGGACCACCCUGAUACUAGCCUCCCCACUUUGCCAGAAGCGCCGAAGCCCGCCACGAUCCUGGGUAAAUACGUGGGCACUUCCAACUGCCAAGCAGCUCACCCAGUUCAGAGACCACCCGUACCUUAUGGCCAGCAGAGCAACACCACCGAGGCCCUGUGGUUCGAGGAAGGGUAUAAAGAGGUAGUCGGUUAUCUCACGGAGGGUCGCUACUUGGUCUUUGAAAAAUCAGGCAAUGCAUUGACGAACGUGGGCAAUGCAACCCGGCUGAGUAGCAGCCCCACUAGUACCGGUUACAGCGACAAGAAACAGCGAUGGGUGGUCCACUACUCUGGCGGCGAACAGAGCCAGAAGUUUCAGAUUUCCAGUGCCUUGGAUGGUAAAUGGCUCGGACCGAAAGGCACCCUGCUGCCAGCCGACCAGCAUAGCCAGGCGGCGGAGGUAAAGAUUGCCUUCCUUGGAAAUGGUCAAGGAUAUACAUUGCAAUAUGCCGACUCCACGCCUAUCGUGAUAAACGACCAAGGAGCGUUGGUUGGGCGAGAAAGCGAGGCAAAUGGGGACGGCUAUAGGAUUUGGAGUGUGAGCUAUCAUUAA